UCCUCCUCCCGCGGCCGCGGACUCUCGCUGAAGAGGAGCCGUCCUGCGGGUCCGCUUUCGACCUCUACUUCGUGCUGGACAAAUCAGGGAGCGUAACAACACACUGGUCAGAAAUUGUUGAAUUUGUGAAGCAGCUAACAGAAAGAUUUGUGAGCCCUCGGAUGAGAAUAUCCUUCAUAGUGUUUUCCAUGCAAGCAACUGUGGUUCUGCCAUUAACACAAGAUAGGCAAAAAAUUCAGAGAGGCAUUGAAGAUUUACAAAACGUUAAGCCAGGAGGUGAAACGUAUAUGCACGAAGGACUAGAAAAAGCAAAUGAUCAGAUUGCAAAAGCAAAAGGGUCCAGUAGUGUAAUCAUUGCCUUGACAGAUGGAAAGUUGGAAGGCUUGAUUCCACUGUAUGCGGAAAAAGAGGCAAAAAAUGCCAGAUCCAUGGGAGCUAGAGUUUAUUGCGUUGGAGUCCUCAAUUUUAAUCAAGAACAGCUUGAAACCAUUGCUGAUUCAAAGGAUCAAGUCUUCCCAGUAAGAGAAGGAUUUCAAGCUCUCCGAGGGAUAAUUAAUUCUAUACUGAAGCAAUCAUGCACGGAAAUUUUAAAUCUGGAACCCUCAAGCGUUUGUGUAGGAGAGGAGUUUCAAGUAGUUCUAAGUGGAACAGGAUUCACGUUGGGUAGGACAUCAGAGAGUGUCGUCUGCACUUACAUGCUAAAUGGAUCAACCAUAAAUGUAAAACCCGAAAAAGUGGAAACUAAUUUCAUGCUCUGUCCAGCACCCGUUCUUCAUGAAGUUGGACAAACUAUGGAUGUCUUCGUUAGUUUGAAUCAAGGGCAAUCGCUCAUUUCCAGCUCUUUAACCAUUACGGCGACAGAAUGUACAAAUGGCAUUGUGGCACUGAUAAUUAUCCUCAUUUUGUUACUGUUGCUGGGGAUUGCUGCUCUGUGGUGGUUUUGGCCUCUGUGUUGCAAAGUGGUUAUUAAGGAUCCUCCUCGGCUACAGCCUUCAGUUCCAAUAGAGGAGGAAGAAGAUCCGUUGCCUUCCAAAAAAUGGCCGACAGUGGAUGCUUCCUACUAUGGCGGACGAGGAGUUGGUGGCAUUAAAAGGAUGGAGGUCCGUUGGGGUGACAAAGGGUCAACUGAGGAAGGAGCCCGGCUAGAGAAAGCGAAGAAUGCAGUGGUGAAACUCCCUGAGGAACUAGAUGAGCCGGUUCUACCUAGAGCACCGAAAUCAAAGGCUACCUCAAUGCCCUCCCAGGAAAAAUGGUACACUCCUAUCAAGGGUCGACUUGAUGCCCUUUGGGCUUUGCUAAGGCGGCAGUACGACAGAGUGUCUUUGAUGCGACCGCAGCAAGGAGAUGAGGGCCGGUGCAUAAACUUUACCAGAGAGCAAUCUCAGUAAAA